AUGAUAAAAAUUCUGGAGAGGUUCAGAAGCCAGAUUGCUGUUGCUCCCUCAGUUAAUUCUGGUGAAGAUAAAACUGGUUCAAUAGAAGUUCCUGCCAAACCUGACGCUGCACUUGUUCCUGCUCCUGACGACUCAAUUGAGGAAGCAGGAUCAGCUAUUCCAGCUCAACAGGCAGUCGUAGUCGACGUUUCAGGUGGGGAUCCUACAGCUAAAAUACCUGACCAGUCUAUCGAGAAAACUGAUGGAGGUUCGAUUGAAGCUGUUAGCACUCAACAGGCAACCCAAAUCGAUGUGUCAAAAGAAGCCGGUACAAUAACUAUAUCAGACAAUUCCCCGGAGGUAGCUGGAGGAAGCUCAUUGGAGGCGAUUGGAACUCAACCUCAAAAACAAUCUGAUAGUUCAGCUGAGACUGUUACAGUAACGCUAUCUGACGACUCUGGUGAAAAGACAGUGGAAACUAGCGGAACACCGCAAGUAGUAGGUUAUAAAAGAGACAUCGAUAGAGCAGCAGGGCGGAAGUUCUUCAGAAACGACGGUAGUUCAGCAAGUGAAAACGACGCUAUACAAGGACCAUCACAAAAUUCAAAAGAAGACACAAAUGACCACAGUCAGGAAAAAAUAACAGUUAUAGUGCAGACGGUAGAUGAAGAUUCUAAAGAAACUACAUUAAGUCAAGCAGCUUCAUCUGGAGUUUCUCAAGAUUCAGUAGCGCCACGUGCCCCCAGCACCAUAAAUGCAGUGGUUGAUGCACCUAAACCUGUAGCAGAGGAAAACAAAGCCGAUGCCAGUCCUGUCGUAGAUGUUACGCCAUUAUUAAAAAGUACUCUUCUACCCCUGAAUGAGGACCUCGAUACCGAUAUCGAUCCGCAACUCAUUCAAAUUACUCAAUCCCUUAAACCUGCUACUAAGCCCAGUAAAAAGGAUCCUCCAAGUUCGCCUCCAGCUGCAGUGCCUGCAGCACCAGCGGAAGUCCAAGCUGCACCAACUACACCGGCUGCAGUGCCAGCUGCACCAACUGCAGAAAAACCAGCUGAGGUGGCCAUAUCUGGAGCACCAGUUCCAGAAAAACCAGCUGAAGUGAUCGUAUCUGGGGCACCAGAAGUUGCAGUAAGUGCUGCAGCUGAAGCUACCCCAGUAGCUGCCAUUAGCCCAGCAGCUGGAAUUAAGCCGACAAUUGCCGAUGUACCAGCAGGACCUCAAGAUGAUGCACGUUCACCUGAAAAGACUGACGAAGCAGCUCAAAUUACCAGUGAAGGUGUUGAUGAGCCGCAAGAUCCAGUUGAUAAAGAUCGAGUUUCUCAAGAUUCUGAAGAGGAAGAUGCCGAUAAGCAGGGGGCCGAAUCAGAAGAAGAGAAUGAGGAGGCUGAGGGAACCAAGGACGAAGAAAAGGGUAGUGAAGAAGAGCAAAAACCAGAAGAAGAGGAAGAAAAGGAUGGAUCGGAAGAAGAGCAAAAACCAGAAGAAGAAAAGGAUGGAUCAGAAGAGGAACAAGAAGAGGAAGACGCUCCAAAGGAAGAUGAUUCUGAAGAAGAAGACAAAGAGAAGGAAAGAAAGAAACGAAACGACGAGGAAAAAGAAGAAAAAGCAGAACAGAAGCGCAGAGAGAGGGUGCGGAAAGAAAGAGAAGAGCGAGAGAAAAGGCGACGCAAGGAGCGAGAAGAACAGCAGAAGCGUGAAGAAGAAGAACGUAAAAUACGCGAGAAAGCGGAAAAGGCUGCUCGUAAGCUACAUGAGAAACAAGAAAAGGCUGAGCGAAAGGCCAGGGCGAAAAUCGAAAAAGAACGCAUAGAGCUGGAGAGGAAACAGCAAGCCCAGGAAGCCGAUAUUGCCAGAGCUUACAUCGAAAACCGUGAAAAAUUAGUUAAGCUUGCUCGCAAAGUGUACAAAGCUUUCCGAAUUCCAACCUCUGAAACUCCAUUCGCUUGUUCGACACCAGGUCACGUAGCUGAUCCCGAGAAUUGCCGAAAAUACUACAUCUGCCCUCAAGUCUCGUCGAAUCUUCAACGUGCUCAUCUCAACUGUCCAGUAGGAGAACUCUACGAUACGGUGACGAACACUUGCCGCCCUUAUACGGAAGCAAAGUGUGCCGAUGAAAAAUUCUUCCACCUAUUUCAACGACCUAAUUUUUAA